CAUGAAUCACCGGAGUUCAGGGAAGGAGAAACUGAAGUGUAGUUGAGCUGUCGUGUGUUGUGUGUCUCUGUAUUUAAGCAGUAAAAUGGCAGAAUUCAGAAUUUCUCAGGAUGAGUUCAUGUGUCCAGUGUGUCUGGAUCUCCUGAAGGAUCCAGUAACCAUCCAGUGCGGACACAGUUACUGUAAGAGCUGUAUUACAGACCGCUGGGAUCAGGAAGAUCAGAUGAGAGUCUACAGCUGUCCUCAGUGCAGACAGACCUUCAGUCCAAGACCUGCUUUAGCUAGAAACACUGUGCUGGCUGAACUGGUGGUGAAACUCAAGAAGACCAAACGUCCUGCUGACUGUGACGCUGGAGCUGGAGAUGUACAGUGUGACGUCUGUACUGGAAGAAAAUACAAAGCCGUCAAGUCCUGUCUGAUAUGUCAGGAAUCUUACUGUGAAACUCAUUUCAACCGUCAUGAGGAAUUUUAUUCACGUAAGCCACACAAAGUGAUUGAAGCCACUGGACGACUGCAGGAGAUGAUCUGCCAGAAACAUGAGAAACAUUUGGAAAUGUACUGUAUUACUGACCAACAAUGCAUUUGUGAGCUGUGUACAAAAUAUGAGCAUAAAAACCACAACACUGUAUCAGCCGCAGCACAGAGGACAGAGAAACAGAAGCAGCUGAAAGAGAUGCAGAAGACGUUCCAGCAGAGAGAUAAAGAUCUCCAGCAGCUGAGAGAGACUGUGGAGUCUCAUAAGCGCUCUGCACAGACAGCAGUGGAGGACAGUGAGAGGAUCUCUGAGCUGAUACGACUGAACAGAGAUCAGGAAAAGACUGCAGUGAGUCGAGCUGAAGGACAACUGAAGCAGAUGGAGCAGGAGAUCAAUGAUCUGAGGAGGAGAGACGCUGAGCUGGAGCAGCUUUCACACACACAGGAUCACAUCCAGUUCCUGCAGAGUUUCCCGUGUCUCUCAGCACCUCCUGAAUCUACAGAAGGAAAUGAUGAUCUCUUCUGUUCUCUCGUCUCUUCUGAUGGUCUGAGAGAAUCUGUCCAUCAGCUGAGAGACAAACUGGAGGAUUUCUGCAAAGAGCAGCUCAAGAAGAUCUCAGACAGAGUCACAAUCACCAACAUUGUUCCCAGAACCAGGAAGGACUUCCUACAAUAUUCCCAUCAGCUCACUCUGGAUCUAAACACAGUGAAUAAAUUCCUCUGUCUGUCUGAGAAUAACAGAGUGAUUACUGCCACUAGAAAAGUACAGUCGUAUCCUGAUCAUCCAGACAGAUUUGAUGUGUAUGUUCAGGUGUUGUGUAGAGAGAGUGUGUGUGGACGCUGUUACUGGGAGCAGGAGUGGAGUGGAGGUGUUCGUAUAUCAGUGUCAUAUAAGAGCAUCAGCAGGAAGGGUUCAAGUAAUGAGUGUUCAUUUGGAUGUAACGAUCAGUCCUGGAGUUUGUUCUGCUCACAUUCCAGUUACUCAUUCAUAAACAAUAACAAAUGGACUGAUCUCCCUGUAAAGUCCAACAGAGGUAAAAUAGGAGUGUUUGUGGAUCACAGUGCAGGAACUCUGUCCUUCUACAGCGUCUCUGACACAAUGAGCCUCAUCCACACAGUCCAGACCACAUUCACUCAGCCGCUCUAUCCUGGGUUUGGUGUUUAUAAAGGAUCAUCAGUGAAACUGUGUUAGACUCAGAAUAGAUUGACGUGAUAUUUCACCCAUAAUGCUUUGAGCUGCAUGAUAAAUCAGUAACAGUAGAUGUUACAAAGUCUCUUCUUUUCCCUUCAUGACAUUAAUACUGCAGCUGAAAUUCUUUCACUGAAAUAACAUGUCCGAAUAAUGUGUGUAACAAAUCUUCAUAUAGACAGUAACGUCAGUGUGUGUGAGUCCCCCUGAGUUAUGAUUUGUUUCUGUGUUUUUCUCAAACUCUGGUUUUUUUCACACUCGGUUCGAUUGCCUGGUCCAAACCCGAGCUUGAUUGCUCUUUGGGCAGUAUAAGCGAUAUAUUGAUUGAGUGAUAUAUAGUGAUAGUGUGAGUGGAGCACUGAUGAUACAGGAAACUGAUCCAACACAAAAUAUAUUUCUUUAUGUACAUAAUUUUGUAGGAAAUAUUAAACAUGAACAUAUAUCUGGUAUACGUGUCUGAAAUUGAUUCUAAUAUACAGUACAGUGAAUAAUACAAUACAAGCAUCUCAUACUACAGGUGCAUCUCAAUAAAUUUGAAUGGCACGGAAAAGUUUAUUUAUUUCAUUAAUUC